AUGAUUCGACGUAUACUAUCGAAUAAUGCAUGUUUUUCCUUGCAACACACAUCCUAUUUAUUAUCAUUCGCUCGAACUCGCAUAAUUUCACAAGUAUGUUAUCAUAGUGAUUCAAUUGAUGGAGGUUUUCAAGAAGAAACACCAUUCGAUGAACAACGAUUAUCUUCGCAGGAAGCAUCAGGCAUAUUACGAGCGCAUGAAGCCAGUAUUGAUCUUGAAGCAAAUUGCCCAGUAAAAUAUUAUGAAGUUAAUUAUCUCGGUGCUAAUAAUCCACCGGAGGAUCGACAAGCUCAAGCACGUAUUCAUUCAGUUGAUUCAAAUAUGUAUCUAUUUGGUGUAUUCGAUGGACACGGUGGCCCAUGGUGUUCAGAUGCCGUUGGUCAACGUCUAUUUGAAUAUAUUUCUGUAACAUUACACUCACCCAAUGAUCUCGGAAGAAUAAUGAAAGAAGCGAAACGAUUAGUGAGCACUCAUCAAAGUCAUAUUCAUAAUCACGCUCAUGAUAAAACAACAUUGAAUGCUAUAACAUCACUUCUACUUCAUUCAUAUUAUAAUCCAUAUAAAGAUACACGAAAUUCAAAAAUAAAAGAAAUGCAUCAAAUGAAUUUAUUGAAACAUAUUGAAGAUCUUUACACGAAUUUCGAUCAUGAAAAUACCGAUAUCGUGGCUGCAUUAGAAAGUGCAUUUGUUAAAUUAGAUCGAGAUAUAUGUGCUGAAGCAAUACCUAUUGAAACACAACAUGUUGAUGAAGAUUUAUUACAAAUUUGUACAGCUGGUUCAUGUGCAUGUGUUGCAUUAGUUAAAGAUGAUGAUCUUUAUGUAGCGAACUGUGGUGAUGCAAGAGCUAUUCUUGGCACCGUUGACGAUGAAGGUAAUCCAGCAGUUAUUGAUCUUUCACACGAUCAUAACAUACGUAAUCAAGCUGAAGUAAAACGUGUGGUACGUGAACAUCCAUCGAAUGAAGCAAAUUCCAUCAUACGUAGUGAUCGUUUGCUUGGCUUAUUGAUGCCAUUUCGUGCAUUUGGUGAUAUACGUUUUAAAUGGCCAGCUAAUUAUCUUCGUGAAUAUUUACAACCGUAUUAUAAAAAAGGCGAUGCUAUACCGCAAUUUUAUUUAACGCCACCCUAUUUAACAGUUCGACCCGAAAUAAGAAAACAUAAAUUAACGAAAAAAGAUAAAUUCAUUGUAUUAGCUACCGAUGGUGUUUGGGAUUUAUUAUCGUCGGAAAAAGUUGUACAACUUAUAUUCAAUCAUCAAAAAGGCAUACAAAGUUUUGAUCGAUUCGUAUUGCAUAAAACUGGUAAUACAACAACGCUUAAAUUAAAAGACAUCAAUGAAUUACUACUAGCACGGCAACAAGCAAUUAAAAAUCAACCGAUCGAUCAAAAUUCAGCAACGCAUUUAAUACGUCAAGCACUUGCGUACACGUCAAAAGGACAGUUCGAUAGUAAACUUUUAUCUGAUGUAUUAACGUUUCCUAAUCCACGUUCGAUACGUGAUGAUAUGACAAUAACUGUUGUUUAUUUUGAUCAAGAUUAUAUUGAUCAGAUACAAACAAAAGGAAAGACAAAAUAA